CACGUACACUUUAAAAACUCCUCCCUUUCUCCCAUAAACGGUCUUCAAUUCUCCUCUUUUGAAAAGUCCUCCACCAAAAACAUUUCACUUUUAAAGUUCCCAAUAGGAAAGAAGUAAACCCAAUUAAUUGAAUCGAAGAAAAUGGUGGAAGGGCAAGACCCAGUAGAGGUAUUCAUGAGGCUAGAACGGUGGCCUCUAUCACCGCUUGAAGUGGAGGCGGAGGCGGAGGAGGAGGAGAACAACAGCCAGUCAUCAGGGGAGAUGUACAUGGUGGGUUUUGUGAUCGCCAACGUUGUGGGUCUUCAGUACUACAGUGGUAGAAUCAGCGGCCGAGAAAUCGUUGGGCUUCAACGUGAACCCCUCAAUCAGUAUGACCCAAACGCGAUUAAAGUUCUCAACACUCGUUCCGUUCAAGUUGGACACAUCGAACGCUCCGCCGCCAGGGUUUUAUCACCGCUUUUGGACGCCCACGUCAUCACCAUUGACGGAAUUGUUCCAAAGGUGGCUCGUCCAGGAAACAGAUACAAACUUCCCUGUCAAGUUCACAUCUUUGCAAGAUUGGAGGCAUUUGGAAUAGUAAAAUCAGCAAUUACAAAUGGUGGGUUGUAUUUGAUUGGCGAGAGCGAUCCGUCGUUCACACUUUCAGAGGCGGAGGUAGUUAAGGAGAAAAGAAGUACACCAGAAGGGAGGGACAUCGAUGAGAUAUUUAAACUUUUGGAUGAAAAAAUCAGUAAAAAGGAAGAACUGAAAGCGUUAGAGCCACCUAAAAAUAUAAUAAAGUCGGAGCUUCUUCUGCACCAGAAGGAAGGAUUGCAGUGGUUGGUUCAGAGGGAGAACUCUGAAGAAUUGCCUCCUUUUUGGGAAGAGAAAGAGGGUAGUUAUGUGAAUGUUUUGACAAACUACUCUACCGAUAAAAGACCUGAACCUAUAAGAGGUGGAAUAUUUGCAGAUGACAUGGGGUUGGGGAAGACACUUGCUCUCCUUUCUUUAAUUGCUUUGGAUAAACGUGGUGGUUUUAUUUCAUCUUCAAUCAGAAGUGGUCAUCAAAAUGCCGAGAGAGAUGAUGGAUUAGAUGAAGAGGAAGACAAAAAUACUGCUUCUAUUAGUAAGAGGAAUAAGAGGGGAAGAGUUGGUAGAAAGACUGACAAUUCACGAAAGAAGCAAAAGACUGAACGAGCAAACACACUACAAGUGAAGGAAAAAUCAGCUUGCAGUCCUGAAAGUCGUUCUGGCAAUUCAAGUUCAGGGACGACAUUGGUUGUUUGUCCACCAGCUGUACUGUCAGCGUGGAUCUCACAGAUUGAGGAGCACACUAAACCAGGUUCACUGAAGUCAUAUAUUUAUUAUGGAGAGCGGACAGGAGAUGCCAAUGAGCUGGCAAAGUAUGACUUAGUUUUAACUACUUAUAGUAUUCUGGCUAGUGAAGACACAUGGAUAGAUUCUCCCAUCAAAAAGAUAGAAUGGUGGCGAGUUAUCUUGGACGAGGCACAUGUCAUUAAGAAUGUGAAUGCUCAACAAAGUCGAGCAGUUAACAACUUGAAAGCUAAACGAAAGUGGGUGGUAACAGGAACACCGAUACAAAAUAACUCAUUCGAUUUGUAUUCUUUGAUGGCAUUUUUGAGAUUUGAGCCUCUGUCUAUUAAAGCCUAUUGGAACAGUUUGAUACAACGUCCACUUGCCCAGGGAGAUGAGAAGGGGGUGUCAAGACUGCAGGUUCUAAUGUCAACCAUGUCUUUGAGAAGGACCAAAGAAAAGGCUCUAAUUGGUUUGCCAUCAAAAUCUAUUGAGACUUUCUUUGUGGAACUUUCUGGAGAAGAAAGGGAAAUUUAUGAUCAGAUGGAAUCAGAAGCUAAGAGGAUUGUCAAGCAAUACAUAUCUUCUGAUAGCUCAAUGAAAAAUUAUUGGACUGUUCUGAGUGUAAUUGUACGGCUUCGACAAAUCUGUAUUGAUUUAGCCUUGUGUCCUUCAGAUCUGAGAUCGUUACUGCCAUCAAAUAAAAUUGGAGAUGUACACAGCAACCCACAGUUGUUGGACAAAAUGCUCUCAGCAUUGCAAGAUGACGAGGGAAUUGAUUGUCCAAUCUGCAUUUUUCCACCUACCGAUAGUGUCAUUACUUGUUGCGGGCAUAUAUUUUGCAAGUCUUGCAUUUUGAAGACCAUAAAACGUGCCAAGCCUUGCUGCCCACUUUGCCGUCAUCCGCUGUCAGAGUCUGACCUAUUUUUCUGCCCACCUGAAGCAUCUAAUGCAGCAAAUAGUGGAAGUUCUUCCACUGCAUCAUCCAAAGUGAAAGCACUCCUAAAACUUCUCUGUGCAUCAAGAGAUGAAAGCUCUAACAGAAAAUCAAUUGUCUUCUCUCAGUUCAGGAAGAUGUUGCUCCUACUUGAAGAGCCGCUUAAAGCAGCUGGUUUUAAGAUAUUGCGCUUAGACGGGUCAAUGAAUGCGAAAAAGAGAGGCCAAGUGAUUAAGGAGUUUGAAAUCCCAGCUCCGGAGGGGCCUACCAUCUUGCUUGCAAGUCUAAAAGCUUCAGGUGCUGGAAUAAAUCUUACAGCUGCGUCUAGAGUCUAUCUACUGGAACCUUGGUGGAAUCCAGCAGUUGAGGAGCAAGCUAUGGACAGAGUCCAUAGAAUUGGUCAAAAGGAAGAUGUGAAGAUUGUGAGGAUGAUUGCAAGAAGCACCAUUGAAGAGAGGAUACUGGAACUGCAAGAAAAGAAGAAACUGCUGGCAAGGAAGGCUUUCGGGAAGAAGGGCUCAAAAGAUCAAAGGGACAUUAGCUUAGAUGACCUUCGCACCUUGAUGCACUUGUGAGUCAUUCGUAUUUCUUAUCGAUCUGUAGAUGGGAUGGAUGUAUAUGUUUUGUAAAUGCUUAACUUACUAUCCUUCUGAUCUUUUUUUUGGUCAGAAAUGCAUGCCUAUUCAGUUAAUGCAAUUUUCUCUGCUUUGAAUUAUUUUGCUAUAA